CAAGCUCUGCUCAGCGGUUUUCGAGUCGAGCCACUCCGGCAAACACCACGUGCCACGCGUCCGAGUUGCACGUGCACGUCGCGGGGCUACGCCGAGCUUUAAAGCCCGUUCGGGGAACGCGAUUUAACGAAAAUUUCGCGCGCGUUUGAUCGAUCUUUUUCAAAGCACCCGAGAGUUCUCUCCCGAGAUUUCUACCUUUUUAUCGUCGUACGUUCGUUCGUUCGUUAUUUCUUUACUUUUAUUUUUCUUUUCAAAAACAGUUACCAACAAGAUCGACAGUUAAUCCUUCCAGUCAGAAGAGAGGAUCAUCCUGAUUACCUGGAAAAACGAAACUAGAGAGAGAACAAGAUAGAGCUUGACCGACCUGUUGGUGGCGUUUCUCCAGAUCGACAAAUGAGACUCGAUUAGAUCUCCGACGGCGAAUCGGAGAUAAAAAGAUGAUGAUGGACGUGAGCAAGAACGAACCGAGUAGUAAAAACGGGGCGACUCAGCAAGAAUGUGCCGGUUGCGGCAAGACCAUCACGGAAAGGUAUUUGUUGAAAGCCUUGGACCUCUACUGGCACGAAGACUGUUUGAAAUGUGGUUGCUGCGAUUGCAGACUAGGAGAGGUCGGUUCCACGCUCUACACAAAGGCCAAUCUAAUUCUCUGCAAAAGAGAUUACUUGAGGCUCUUCGGAAACACCGGCUACUGUGCGGCGUGUAACAAAGUCAUACCGGCGUUCGAGAUGGUAAUGAGAGCAAGAACUAACGUCUAUCAUCUGGAAUGUUUUUCCUGUCAAGAAUGCGAUCACAAAUUUUGCGUCGGCGAUCAGUUUUAUCUCUACGAGAAUAAGAUUCUCUGCGAGUAUCAUUACAAGGAGAGAGUAUAUUUCGCCAACAUGCCGCAUCCUCCGCCGAACGAUACUUUAGCGCAUAUUAAAAGACAGGUCACGCAUCUUCAACCUCAAACGGUACCUGCCGGAGGUCCUCCGAGACAGGCGAAUGGGGAAACAGCCCAUAACCACAAUGGAUAUCCAGCACCAGCUACAUCGAGCGCUCACAACGUUCUGAACCCCAUGAAUAAUUUAAAUGGUAUCAAUGCGCAAGCACCGUACGAUGCCAAAUGACAAACGAAAUAAGCGCCGAUAUACACGCGUCUACGCCUACUACCUAUGUUAACACCUAAACUUAACAUACAAGAAUAACAAACAUAUAUAUAUCUAAAUAAUAUAUAUAUGUCGAAUCGCGAGAGUGCGUAGUUUAUCGUCGUUGCUAUCGGUCCGUUUCGUUUUUCCGUUUUAUUCGGAGCAUCGUCAUCGGUUCGAGAAGAGAUAAAAGGAUGAUGGAAAUCGUCGUGAGAUUUUUUGCAAAGAGAAGAGAAAAGAGACUCCUCGCGAUCGUCAACGUCAAUUCCACGCUACGAUCGGCAAAGAUCUAUCGAUCGUACGAGGAAACGAAAGGAAGGAAAGAUCGCGAUUACACGCCGGUGAAAAGCUGAUGAAUCAUUUGCGAUCCCUUUAGCGCUUUUUUUUUUUGAAAAAAGAAAAAAAAGAAAAAAAAAGAGCGAUUUCGUUUUGUAGAUAGUACGAGUAUUACCUUUUUAGGAAAAGGAUAAAGAAAGAUAAUAACGAUAAUAAUGGUGCUUUUUUCGAAGUGUAUCGACUGUUCGACUUCUUCGAUUACGAAUUGUCUCAUAUAACCGGUGAAAGGAUAGUUAACGAAGUGUAUAAAAAAAAAAAAUAAAGAAAAAGAAAAGAAAAAAAAAAAAGAAGAAGAGAGGAAGGUAUGCCCUAUGUUGUUGAAUUUUAGACGAACGAAUUAAUUGUAACACCGAUGUAUGUACUAUUCACGGAAUAAAAUCAUUUCAUUUCAUUGUUGA